GGUUAUGUGGAGUUUGGGGCUAUGGGAAGGAAGAAGAGGGGGAAAGGGGUUGUGGAUAUGAUCGGGUGUAGAGGCGAGUGUGAGAUAGAGAAGCAAGGAGAUGAUCAAAUAGUGAGCGAGAAAGAAUUACCUGGGGUGUCACUGGCGUGGCAGUUGCUGGCGAUCGUCAGCGACAGUGGUGAUCGUUAA